UCCACCCCCAGCCCCCGUCGGCGUCUGGGCCUCAUCCCCUUCUCUCUGUCUUUCUCCUCCCCCUCACUUCCCCAGACACUGACACCCCAUUGCUCCAGUCUCCCCAUCUCAGCUUCGGUCUCCAGCACCGUCUGCCCGAGGCUUUGCCUGAAAGCCACCCCCAACUCUGCACCUGCACCCCCGAGGGCCACCGAGGACCAUGACUAAGACAGAUCCCGCCCCGAUGGCCCCACCGCUCCGAGGGGAAGAGGAAGAAGAGGAGGAGGAGGAGGAGCCCGUCCCCGAGGCCUCCAGCCCCACCGAGGAGCGCCGGCAGAAGCCUGUUGUGCACCCCUCGGCACCUGCCCCCCUGCCCAAGGACUACGCCUUCACCUUCUUCGAUCCUAAUGAUCCCGCGUGCCAGGAGAUUCUGUUUGACCCGCAGACCACCAUCCCUGAGCUGUUCGCCAUUGUGCGCCAGUGGGUGCCCCAAGUCCAGCACAAGAUUGACGUUAUCGGCAAUGAGAUUCUGCGUCGUGGCUGCCACGUGAAUGAUCGUGAUGGGCUGACUGACAUGACACUGCUCCAUUAUGCGUGCAAGGCUGGGGCCCACGGAGUCGGGGACCCUGCAGCGGCUGUGCGCCUGUCACAGCAGCUGCUGGCACUGGGUGCCGAUGUGACUCUACGCAGCCGUUGGACCAACAUGAACGCACUUCACUAUGCGGCCUACUUCGAUGUGCCAGAUCUUGUGCGCGUGCUGCUGAAGGGUGCCAGGCCCCGAGUAGUGAACUCCACGUGCAGUGACUUCAACCACGGCUCAGCCCUGCACAUCGCUGCCUCCAACCUGUGCCUGGGUGCUGCCAAAUGUUUGCUGGAGCAUGGUGCCAACCCAGCGCUGCGGAACCGAAAGGGACAGGUGCCAGCGGAGGUGGUCCCAGACCCCAUGGACAUGUCCCUGGACAAGGCAGAGGCAGCGCUGGUGGCCAAGGAGCUGCGAACGCUGCUGGAGGAGGCUGUGCCACUCUCCUGCGCCCUCCCCAAGGUCACGCUACCCAACUAUGACAACGUCCCAGGCAAUCUCAUGCUCAGUGCAUUGGGCCUGCGCCUGGGAGACCGUGUGCUGCUGGAUGGCCAGAAGACGGGCACACUGCGGUUCUGUGGGACCACGGAGUUUGCCAGUGGCCAGUGGGUGGGCGUGGAGCUGGACGAACCAGAGGGCAAGAAUGAUGGCAGUGUUGGGGGUGUCCGGUACUUCAUCUGCCCUCCCAAGCAGGGGCUCUUCGCCUCUGUGUCCAAGAUCUCCAAGGUAGUGGACGCACCCCCGUCAUCUGUCACCUCCACACCUCGGACUCCCCGGAUGGACUUCUCCCGUGUCACUGGCAAAGGCCGCAGGGAACACAAAGGCAAGAAGAAGCCCCUGUCAUCCCCAUCUCUGGGCAGCCUGCAGCAGCGUGAGGGAGCCAAGGCUGAGGUCGGAGACCAAGUCCUCGUCGCAGGCCAGAAGCAAGGGGUUGUGCGCUUCUAUGGAAAGACAGACUUUGCCCCAGGUUACUGGUAUGGCAUUGAGCUAAACCAGCCCACUGGCAAGCACGAUGGCUCAGUCUUUGGUGUCCGGUACUUCACCUGCCCCCCUCGGCAUGGAGUCUUUGCGCCGGCCUCCCGAAUUCAGAGGAUUGGUGGAUCUACUGACCCUCCUGGGGACAAUGUCGCUGCCAAAAAAGUACACCAAGUGACCAUGACGCAACCUAAACGCACCUUCACGACAGUCCGGACCCCAAAGGACAUUGCAUCAGAGAACUCCAUCUCCAGGUUGCUCUUCUGCUGCUGGUUUCCCUGGAUGCUGAGGGCAGAGAUGCAGUCUUAGAGGCCCUGGACACCCAACAAAGAGACGCAGAGCCCCCUCUAGCAUCUCUUGACACAAGGAGCCCCCAAGUCACCCUGAGAUAGUUUCCCAGUAACACAUCCAGAAUAGAGACACCCCCCAUUAGCCAGCCCUCGGUCACUGAGGCCCCAUUAUUAACAGAUUCCCCCAAGAUAUGCAGACCCCAUGUUACCCAGAAAGAGAUUCCCUGAGUGUAGCACCUUCAGGCUAGUCCCUAUCCCCAUAUCCUCAAUAAUGGAUUUUCACAUUACUCCAAGUGAUGGUGACCUCCACAUAAUGCACCACAGCAGAACAUUCCUGUGUCAUUCAUCACUGGAUCAGAGCCCUCCCCUAUUAACAAAGUCUCCCCCCAACCCCCACUCAUCAAGUCCCCUUGAAAUAAACAGGUCACACUUCUAAAGCCACAGCUAAUAGACCCACAUUUAACAUCAGUAUGACCCUCAAGAUGUGACCCCCAUGGUCACCCCAAAACCCUUACCUUGCAAUCAGAGACUGCCUCCAUUAACAAAGACCCUUGCUCUUACCCCUUAAAAAGAGACCCCAUUAACCAGCCCACUGUCACUCCCAAUUUACAGACACCAAAAAAGUGCUGGAAUUACAGGACCCCCAAGUCUUCCUACCCUCUGCACCCUCAAGAAACCCCCAGUGCCUUGUAUGAAGCCCAUCCCACAUGGCCCACAGUCCCUGUGCUGGCCAGGCUCCCAGAAAAUUCUCUAUUUUUUAAGUAAUGACUUCCCCCUUUGGGGGACCCCAAAAUUUGGAGGCCCCAUUCUGGGACUCAGGGGAUCCCAAACCCCAGAGUACACAUCCCAAACUCCCCUAUGCCCCCAGGUCCUACUCCCCAAGUGCCCCCUAGAAGACCCCAAGGCCCUAACUCCAAGGACCCCUAAAUCAUGGAAUCCCCAAAUCCCCAGGGAAUCCCAAAUUUUAAAAUCCAAGCCCCCAGGAACCCCCAUUCAUGCAGGUCCUUGUACCUGGGAUAAGGAGAUUGCAGUCAGAAUAUGUAUACCGGGCUCCCAGGGCACCUGAAGCCCUAUUCAUAGGCACCUGUUUCAGGAGACCCCAAACAGGAAUUCUCAUCCCUGGAAACUAGGACUUUCAUGCCCUGAGUCCAUGGAUCUCAAGACCCAAAUGUGAAGAGCCCCAGCCCCAAGGGAACCCCAAAUCCUAAAGCCUUCAUCUCUAAUACAUGAAGGGCCCCAAGCCUUGAGGGGAUCCCCAACCCUGGAGCCCCCAUUUCAGCCUACCUGCUGGUCACAGGUCUAAAACACCAAAUCUUAACUCACUGGCCCCCAAAGGACCUCACAGCACCCUGGCCAGACUAUCCCCUCGAGGAAGAACCUGAAGGCCCGGGGGUCCAGGGAGGACCUGGGGCCCUGACCACCAAGGACAGCUCACAACUGCCCCUUCACUGCAUGUCCCUGAACUCAGCAUGACCCCUGUCCCCUUCAAUAAAGACGUUUCUAUGGCU